GCAACAGUGGGUGAAUGUGUUGGGCCAUAGAAGAGAGUGAGAGAGAGAGAGAGGGAGUAGUCUGUUGUAACACAUAGAGGAGCUAUUACUGUUGCUGCAGUUGCGGCACCGAGGAGAGUCUUCUCAAGCCUCAGUUCUCCAGCCUCAGCCCCAGCCCCAGCCUUAACCCCAGCCUCGCUGUCUCCGGGAGGUUUGGAACACGGAGCUCUGUUGUCACAGCAACCAAUCCACUGACAACUGCUGACCCCUUCUGGUCUCUCCAGGUCUAUACUGCUUUUCUGGAGACUCUACUGUUCUCUACUGGACUCUACUCAUUUCUACUGAAUUCUACUGGUCUCUACUGGUCUAGAUUGCUUUCUACUGUACUCUACUGAACUCUGCUGUACUGAUCUGUACUGAACUCUAUUGAAGUCUACCGGACUCCACUGAACUCUAUUGUACUGUUCUGUAUCUCUCCUGGUCUACCCUGGUCUUGCUGAGCUAGCAUGGACCCUGGGGGUCUGCAGUGCCCCCCCCCUUCCUGGGAUGGCCCCCCUCAGUCUAGUUUUUCCCCACUGUGGGGGCGGGGCUACCAGCAGCUGUCUCCCUGCCCUGACCUGGUCCGCUCCCGCUGCCAGCAUCCCGACGCACAGCACCACUCUGAAAGGUCAGGAGUCGCCACGCUGGCUCCAGGGUGUGCUGGGAAACCUGGGGAGGGGUGGGAGGGUAGAGGGGAGGCCAGACUUCCUGAGGGAGGGGGGCGGAUGACAUCAACAAACAGCCCGGAGUUCAGAGGUCGUUCCUUCUCGGCGGUCUCGGCCUCCAAGCCUCUCCCCCCUCGUGAGGAGUUGGACGGCUCCCACCCCAGCGCUGGUCCUGAUUGGCUCACACCCUCAGACUCCUCCCCCGAGGGGGUGUGCCGCUCACGGUCUCGCAGCAUCAUCCUGAGGAAGAGCAAACGCAGACCGGCCCCGCCGCAGCGCAGCAUAUCCCUCCGCCGAGACGGCACCUCCUCUGAGACCAGAGAAAGUAGGACCCAGAGCCUGUACCUGCCCAAUGACCCGCUCUGCUUCCUGCCCGACCUCAUCCUCAUCUCCAAACCCCGAGCCGGGGAGGAAGGGGAGGAGCCUUCCCCCGUUAACCCCGCCCAGGGAAAGCUGCCCGUCAACGGCGGUAAGCUGGAGCAGCCAGAGGUGAUGGAUCCCUAUUGCACCAUGCUGCCUGGGGUGGGGCGGGGCUGGGGGAGGAACAAGCCCCCCCUACCCCCCCGGGGCCCCCUCAAUCCCCCCCUGCCUCCCCAGACCCCCACCUCCACCAUCACGGGCCCUUCCCCCCUGGGAUGCAGGAUGAGGCCCCGUGCCUCCCCGCCCUCUCAGGGCAGCAGGGUGAGGUUGUCCCUGGAGCUGCCCGCCCCCACCCCGCCAUCCCCAGCCCCCGCUCCUGGCCCUGACCCCUCACUCCGCCCCAGAGCCACGCGGCGCCAUUCCGACUCGUCUGCGUUCUGCCGUCUCCGAGGCCUGGGCGCCAGCGUGGCGGUGAUGCCCGUGGUCACGCAAGAAGACCUCAGCACCAUCCGGCUCCGCCCCCUCGGUGCCCCCAACGCCGACCCCGCCCCUGAGCCACACGAUGAUGUCACCAACGGGGAGGCCUCCUGCCCACCGCUGCCUCAGGGUCCUAAAGGUAGGCCGCCGCCUGUGGCAGCCAAGCCCCCGGUGCCCAGGUGGCUGCCUGGUCACACAGCAGAGACAGAGACCCCCCCAGCCCCCCAGGGUCAGCAUGUACCCCUCCACCCCCCUCAGGGACAGGGACAGGAGCGUGGGCAGGGGCAGGGCCAGGACCAGGGAGAGGGGCAGGAUCAGAGAGAGGUCCUCUAUAUGAAGGUUAGAAGGCCCAAACCUAAGAGGUCUCACCAGCCUCAGAUCAUGUCCAUUAGUGAUGACAUCACUCAGCAGCAACCUCACUGGCCCCCUGGUCAUGUGACUGACUCAUCACCGGGCCGUACCUUCAGCCAACCAGAGACCAGAAGCGGAGAGGGGUCUGCUCCAAACAGAAUUCCAGAAUGUUCUCUUCAGAGGAAUAAGAAGCUGACUCCGCCCCCUGUCCCCAGAAAACCAGAUGUCAUCCUGAGACCGUCAUCGUUCUACCUGAACUGCACAGAUUCAGCAGGUGUGUGUCUGGAGGAGAGGGGGGAAGAGAGGAGCUCUGUGCCCCAGAUUAGGAUGCCCUGUCAAGGGGAGAAGGAUGACCCCCAUCCUCCCCAUGCCGAGGACCUCUUCACCAUCAUACACAGGUCAAAGAAAAAGCUCCUCUCCUCCAAGGAAAGUGUGGAGGUGUCGGGGGGCAGACAGGCGCUAGGGUCGCCCUCCCGAGGGGGCUGUGACCCCCGCAGCCAGGAUCAGAGGUCGACCUCCAAGACCGACAGUUUCAUGGCGUUCCUGCAGAGGAGGCGGAGCCAGAAGCCCACGGCCAGAGAGAGGGUGUCGGCGGCAGAACUGCUCAAGACCUCCAAGCCAUUACCCAAUCACAAUGCAGAGCUGGCCGAGCCCUAGAAACCUCUAGACAAUCAGAAAGCCUUUCCAGAAACCUGGGACUAUGUGAGGUGUAAAACACCAGCCCUGGGACGGACUUUAGACAAUCGCAGAGAGAGGAGAGCCGGGCUAAAGAAAAGUGCCGCGAUUACUGUAUUGAUGCUUCAAACUUUGUUUCUGUGGUGAUCUGCUGUAUGUUGCUCAUGAGAUUAAAUAAUCUAUGUCAAACAUUUGUACUGCCUUAUCCGACCACGCCCACCAGUAUACCUGUCCACGCCCACUUUACUGUCAGGUCACACCCACCGGACUGUCUUCGCCCAGUUGACUGUCUGGCGAUGCCCACUGCUUGUUUAUAUGACCACGCCCACAUUACUCUGACCACUCAGCUUCUCUGCUUGUGAUUAUGGUCCUGCUGAUGAAAUAAAU